CUGGGGAAAAUCAAUGCGUCUGAUCAACCUUCUGAGGAUUUCUUCACAGCAUCACUGAGAUAAAAAUCCAAGAAUGCCUAUUAAUAGGGAGACAUCUGUAAAGCUCGCAGCAGAGAGUACUAGACAUCUAGCACAGUCAAAGCUGGUAGGCACUGUCCUCUGCAAGCCAUGUGGCUGUACCUGGUAGCCCUCCUGGGCCUGUACUACCUGCUGCGCUGGUACCGGGAGAGGCAGGUGGUGAGCCACCUCCAAGACAAGUACGUCUUCAUCACAGGCUGCGGCUCUGGCUUCGGGAACCUGCUGGCCAGACAGCUGGACACGAGAGGCUUGAGGGUUCUGGCUGCAUGCAGGACAGAGGAGGCAGCGGAGCAGCUGAAGGCCCAGGCAUCACACAGGCUGGAGACGGUGACUCUGGAUGUCACUAAGGCAGAGAACAUCACUGCAGUCACCCAGUGGGUGAAGGAGCGUGUAGGGGACAGAGGACUCUGGGGCCUGGUGAAUAACGCUGGCAUCUGCCAGCCCGCUGGCCCUAACGAGUGGCUGACGAAGCAGGACUUUGUGACCAUACUAGACGUGAACCUGCUGGGGGUGAUCGAAGUGACUCUGAGCCUGCUGCCCUUAGUGAGGAAGGCCAGGGGCCGCGUGGUCAACGUCUCCAGCAUCCUGGGCCGGGUGUCGCUUUAUGGUGGCGGCUAUGCUAUUUCCAAGUAUGGCAUCGAGGCCUUCUCGGACUCCCUCAGACCUCUGAAGUCCCGGCCCUCAGCAUGUCUGUCUUGCAGGAGGGAGCUCGCCCACUUUGGGGUGAAGGUGGCUGUGAUCGUGCCUGGUCACUACAGGACGAACAUGACCAACACUGAGAGAGUUUUGCAGAAUGUCCAGAUAAUGUGGGACAAUGUCAGCCCUGAGAUCAAGGAGAUCUAUGGCCAAAAGUUUCUAGCAUCCUACCUCAAAAUAAUAUCUGAAAAGCAUAUGGCCGCAUGCAGCCUGAAUCUGUCUGAGGUGACGGACUGCAUGGAGCAUGCGCUGACCGCCUGCCACCCCCGCACCCGGUACUCAGCUGGCUGGGACGUCAAGCUUCUCUACCUCCCCCUGAGCUACAUGCCCACCUUCCUGGUGGAUGCUGUUGUCAGCUGGGGCCUCCCAAGGCCGGACAAAGCCCUGUGAA